AUGGUGUACGACCCCGCCUUGUACCGCGACAAAGAGCGCUUUCUUGGCAUCCUCGUCGCCGAUCUCACAUCCGCCCAGCUCGAUGCAGUCCAGGAACUCUUCGGCAUUGGCGCCAACAUGUGCUCCCCAUAUCCUGCAGAGCAACUAUUCAUCGAAGACAAACGCGACUUGUCAAACCUCUCCCAUGCAGACUUGAGGAGAGCCUUCCCCGAAGCAGAUCCCUUGCUUGUUAUCGACGCUCAAACACCCAUCGACGGCGGUAUCUGGUAUCUCGACGGCUUUGCUGAGCAAUUCGACGUCGAUAAGGGAUUAGCCGAGAACUUGGACACUCUUUAUAAGAUUCGCAUGGAUAUUCGCGACGUUGUCAUCACGCAUGUGAACUACAAUAUCGCCAAUACCGAUAUCCGAAAUGAUCUAGAAAUGGUCGGUGUACCUUAUCCCAUACCGGAGGAUUUUGUUCAGGACAAAAUGUUCUGCAUGGGUUUCGAUCAUAUCAAGUAUCGUUACGUAAACCCGACUUGGGUCACAGCUACACCGGACGAGCUAGAAGAGAGUGCAAAUAGCAGAGACUUGGACAACUUCAUCCCACGGCCGGGGAUCGUCUAUCGAAUCAAAGAAGAUAUCGCGAGAGAGGCGGGCUUGAAGAGCGCAUGGAUGAUCGCGAGCGAUAGAUCCGGGGAAGUGAAAUUACCUGAUGGCACCAAGAUAGCAUUUCCCCCAGGGAGCAAGAUUGUCCAAUCUAUGUACGACCCUGAUGUAGCGAUACCAGUACCGCAGGGUAUCCACUCACCGCCGUUGAAUUUGAGCCCCGCACGAGCCCGUUCUCAUGCCGGAACACAACCUCUACACAUCGUCUCGAACAGCUCAUCAGAACCACCAGACAUGACAUCUUUCCGCUUCCUCGACCUCCCCCGCGAGAUUCGCGACAAGAUAUAUGGCAUCCUGCUAUGCACAUUCCCGCGUCCCGAGUCUGUUACGCACGGCACAAUGCUGUCUAAGAAAGACUUCAGUCCAAGCAUCCUACGCGUUAACAAGCAAAUCUACGCCGAGAGCUACGAUGCUAUGAUCAAAGGGAACCGGUUCCUGCUCGUAUCUUCGACUGGCGGUCUACAUUUCGCCUACAUGCUCAAGGCCAAUUCGGUACCAACACUAGCUUUCGACUUGGACAACGGCACCAAGACGAAGAAGAAGAGCGGCAAUAAGGUCUUCAAGCCCAUCACCCAACGUUUUCGAGGCUACGCCAUGCAUGUCACCAUAGGGAACAGCAACUCUCGAUGGAGGAAGGAGUUGCCACCUUCAGAGCUGUUGGAACCUUGCAACGUUAUCAUGUUAUUUCGAGACGUCGAGCUCCUCUGCGAGGCCAUCAAAGGAGGUGACGAUCGUCUGGAAGACUACAAGAAUCUUGUAACCUUGGAUUUCGAACUUGCACCGGUGAUCAAGCGUCCACCAUACCAGCUCGAAGGCCCAACGGCUUACUUCUCUUCUACCAAAACCCAGGGAGAGCUGUUGGAGCCUUUCCGCCAGAGCUUCCGCGACAUGCCACGGGUCACCAUCGGUGGUACUGUCGAGGAAGCCCUUGCUAAGUCAGCCAAAGAAGACUUCGCACGCAGCAAAUUCCAUGAUCUGGACGCUGUCAUCUCAUCAUGGACCGAGAGAAAAGCUGAGGGAACACAGCUAUUCAAGCAAGGCGACGGUGGCUGCCUGAAACUUUGGGCUGGAAUCAGAGACGAGAUCGAUGAAGCCCACAAGUCAGACAUAUGGAAGCGUCUGGUCGAGCAAGGCGGCCCUUCAUUCGUAGCAAAGGUUGCCGAGCUCUACUACACCACGAAUCUCAACAUCGUAGCCAUCGGACUCAAAUGGCUAGAAGAAGGAGACCGGGAGGUCCUGCCCGGCAUCCAAAAGUCCUACGGAGAGGUGAAGAGUAGCACCAAGGAGGGAUACUGGGGCGUCGAGCACUCAUGGAAACCUUCGCCGGCGCAAGAGAUGAGGAGCACGUUCCGAUACGCCAAAUUUUUGAGGCUCUGGGGAGAGUCCAGCUUGGUCCCGUUUGCGCUCGCGACCAUCAACAUGCUGGCUACUCGUAAUCCUGAUGAUGCCGCGAUUCUUGAAGAGCAGCGUAAGAUCAAGGCUUGGAAGCGCAGCGUGGGGCCUAUUGAUGACAGCGCCUUCAACGCUAUGAUGAGCGGUCUGAACACAUAA